AUGGAAGAUUAUGCGCGUAAAGAAAGUGAAUUUCAAGCAGGCAUUCCACCACGACUAGUCUCGAUUUUCUACGCAGUAUUUGACGUUCACAAGGGUCCAAAAGUGAUCUAUGAGGUACCAGAAGGCUCAAUAAUUCCAAACCCAGAGUCCACCAAGCAACCAAUAUUAGAUUUCUCCUCUAUUUCUGAUUACAUAAUUCCAAAAGAACCACUUAGUAAACAUCUAAUCACGGUAUGCACCGACUCCCAUAAAGUCCUCGGAUACCCUGUAUGGGUUGACGGACUCAAAUAUCGACGAAACUCUUUCUGCUUUAAUUUGUGUUUCGUGUUUGAUCGUAAUGCCGACACCAGUAGUUAUGAACCGGUGGUGCGUAAAAUUGCGCGUGUUUUGAGGAGUCUUGAGUUGGAGAACGGGUUUCUAUAUGAGGAAAAGACAAAGGUGAUGAUGUAUAAUAUUAUUGAACAGCUGCUGGAAGAUUUAAAUAGUUAUUGCGAGUGUCAGAUACCCAUUAAUUCCGCCAAUACUAUAAAUUUGAAAUUGUUUCCGACUUAUCCAAAUCCUCCUCCUGUUUACGAUUAUCAAGUUCCCAUUUGCACCGUUAAUCUGAAAGCACUUAUGGAUGUUAAUUGGGAUCUCACCAUGAAGAAUAUAGCGACGCGCAUUAAUGGGAUACAUCACGUAAAAAAGAUUGCGGAUUUAGCAGACGUUAAUCAUGAUCUUGCACGAAAAUGCAUGGAACAUUUGCUAUAUUAUGGAUGUAUAAUAAUGUUUUCAAAUGUCUAUGCUGUAAAACCAGAUAUAAUGCGUGUUCUUGAAGAUGAAGCAGUACAGAACGAGUGUAUUUCUUAUGUCACCAAAUCAGUUGCAAUUCCACCACCUUCAUUCGCAAAACUAUUUUCAUUGUAUUGUCAAUUGAAGUAUGGGGUUUCGUUGAAAGAGUGGCUUGAAGAAUAUCAAGUCUCCUCGUUGAAUAUUGAUAUCAGACGGUUUAUAACGUUUGGGGUAAUCAAAAGAUUCUUGUAUAGAGUUCACAAGUAUCCUGUUCUUCCUGAAGUUGCGUUGUUGAGUAAUGGUGGAGGUGAAGGGGAUAAUAGUAAUAGUAAUGCUAGUAAGCUACCAUUAAAAUUGCGAAAGCUACUUGAUGGUACACACCAUUAUGACGAAAUUUGUACUGCAGAGAAUUGUAGUGCUAAAGAGUUGGAUGAAAAGUUGUCUGUUGAACCCAAGAUAAAGUUUAUUUGGAGAUGA